UUCACUUUCCUUUCUUUCUUUUCUUUGCUGUUUCUCUGUUUUUUUCACUGCUUUUGGCGACAGUUGGCGGGAACCAACUGUGGAUUCCUAUACCCUUUGAUUCCAUUCACAAGGUUGGCCUCUAAAGAUUCAUUCUUGGAAUCUUCUAAGAAAAGGGUGCGUUUCGUUUCAAUGGCUACCUAUCCUCCUUCUUCCUCCUCCUUCUCACACUUGAGUGCUUGGAACCAUGUUGUUCCAUCACCAUCUUCCUCAUGCAGCUAUGGCGGGAAUUCCAUGGCUCCGACCGCUUCUGCUUCGGCCAUAGAGCAGACUCCGAGGCACAUUCCUGGUGUAGCAGUUGAAUGGAACCUUGAAGAACAAGCUAUUCUUGAAGAUGGACUUGCUAGGUACGCUGGUGUUGGUUCUAACGUAACAGUCUAUGCGACCAUAGCACAACAGCUGCAAGAUAAGACAGUUAGGGAUGUGGCGCUUCGAGUUCGGUGGAUGAAGGAAAAAGAAAAAAAUAUUCAAAAUAGCAAGAGGAGGAAGGACGAUCUUAAGUUGACCAAGAAAAGUAGAAAUAGAAAGGAGAAAGUUUCAGGCCAUUCUUCUCGUCUUGCUGCUGCUGGAUCCGAUGUUGCCUCAUCAGUGCCACGAAUGGCUACGAUGAAAAGUACUGAUUGUACUUCUUACAAAGGUCAGUUUAAAGGUCAGUUACCAUAUCAUUUUUCAUUUUAUUUACCUCUAGAAAUGUUGUGUAUCUGCAUUUCCUUGCUUUAG